UUUCAUAAACCUAUCAUAGUCAAAACUGUAAGGACUAAUUGGUGCUAGUACCUCCCAUUUGCUGAGCCUGUACUAUACUUCUCCUACCAUUCACCGCCGUUUUCCUUCAACCUCCCUUUCUUCUUCCAGCUUCACUGGUCGUGCCUUUGCGGCCACACAUCAAACAUGUCGUGUGCAGAUAAAUUCUAUGUAAGUUCUUCAUUUUCCUCGUUGUCUUCUUCAAAUUUCACCAAUAUUUCCACAAAACCUUUCUGGGGUCAGUUCCCACCGUUGAAUGUGAGGUGGGUAUUUCCUCCUUUGAGCUGUUGCCACUCAAAGACUCUACCUUUACCCACAAAAAUUUCAUCUUCCACAAAAGGUAGUAGUAGUAGUAAGAAGAAGAAGAAGAAAUAUGGGGGUGUUUUGCCUUCAAUUUUGAGGUCAUUGGAGUUGGCCAGUGAUGUUUCAGAAGCCCUUGAUUCCUUUGGUGAGAAUCUAGGUCCAAAAGAAAUCACUGUUAUUCUCAAGGAACAGGGUAGCUGGGAACGUCUUGUGAGGGUUUUUGAGUGGUUUAAGGCUCAGAAAGGGUAUGUUCCUAAUGUGAUUCACUAUAAUGUGGUGCUUAGAGCAUUGGGUAGAGCUCAGCAAUGGGACCAGUUGAGGCUCUGUUGGAUAGAGAUGGCGAAAAACAGUGUUUUGCCAACAAACAACACUUACAGCAUGCUUGUUGAUGUGUAUGGGAAAGCGGGUCUUGUGAAAGAAGCUCUUUUGUGGAUUAAGCAUAUGAGGAUGAGAGGUUUUUUCCCUGAUGAGGUUACCAUGAGUACGGUUGUUAAGGUCUUGAAGAAUGUGGGGGAGUUCGAUAGGGCGGAUAGGUUUUACAAGGAUUGGUGUGCUGGGAAGGUUGAGUUAGAUGAUCUUGAUUUGGAUUCUUUAACUGUUACUAGUACUGCCAGUGGUUCUAGAACAAUACCUAUUAGUUUCAAGCAUUUUCUUUCCACUGAGCUAUUUAAGAUAGGUGGGAGAAUUUCUGCUUCUAAUACUAUGGCUUCAUCGAAUGCAGAGAGCGCUCCCCAGAAACCGCGGCUCGCUUCCACUUACAAUACCCUGAUAGAUUUGUAUGGCAAGGCCGGGCGGCUAAAAGACGCUGCUGAUGUCUUUGCUGAUAUGUUGAAAUCGGGAGUGGCUGUGGAUACAUACACUUUUAACACUAUGAUCUUUAUUUCUGGAAGUAAUGGUAACAUGUCGGAAGCUGAAACUUUGCUUGGUAAAAUGGAAGAGAAGGGUAUAUCUCCUGAUACAAAAACUUAUAACAUUUUUUUGUCUUUGUAUGCUAAAGCCGGGAAUAUUGACGCUGCUCGUGAUUAUUAUAGAAGGAUCAGAGAGGUUGGGCUCUUCCCAGAUGUUGUAACUUACAGAGCUCUUCUCAGUGCUUUAUGCGCAAAGAACAUGGUUCAAGCUGUGGAAGCCUUAAUUGAUGAAAUGGACAAAUCUUCUGUUUCUGUUGAUGUGCAUUCUCUUCCUGGUAUUGUCAAGAUGUAUAUUAAUGAAGGGGCUCUUGAUAAAGCAAAUGACAUGCUGCGUAAGUUUCAAUUAAAUAGGGAACCAUCAUCAAUUAUAUGUGCUGCAAUUAUGGAUGCUUUUGCUGAAAAGGGACUCUGGGCUGAAGCGGAGAAUGUGUUUUAUAGGGAAAGGGACAUGGCAGGACAGUCAAGGGACAUCUUAGAGUACAAUGUCAUGAUCAAAGCAUAUGGCAAGGCAAAACUGUAUGAGAAAGCUGUUUCUCUCUUCAAGGUAAUGAAAAACCACGGGACUUGGCCUAUUGAUAGCACUUAUAAUUCUCUUAUUCAAAUGUUAUCUGGUGCUGAUUUAGUGGACCAAGCAAGGGACCUCAUAGUUGAAAUGCAGGAAAUGGGGUUUAAGCCUCAUUGUCAAACUUUUUCUGCUGUUAUUGGAUGCUAUGCUCGUCUUGGUCAGCUGUCUGAUGCAGUAAGUGUGUAUCAUGAAAUGCUAAGUGCUGGAGUGAAACCAAAUGAGAUUGUUUAUGGAUCUAUAAUAGAUGGAUUUUCAGAGCAUGGUAGUCUUGAAGAGGCACUCAAAUACUUCCACAUGAUGGAAGAAUCUGGAUUAUCAGCAAAUUUAGUUGUCUUAACAGCUCUAUUGAAGUCCUAUUGUAAAGUUGGAAACUUAGACGGAGCGAAAGCCAUCUACCAGAAGAUGCAGAACAUGGAAGGAGGUCUUGAUUUAGUUGCUUGUAAUAGUAUGAUUACUCUCUUUGCAGAUCUCGGCUUGGUAUCUGAAGCCAAGUUGGCUUUUGAAAAUUUGAAAGAAAUGGGCUGGGCAGAUUGUGUUUCAUAUGGAACAAUGAUGUAUCUUUAUAAAGAUGUGGGUCUGAUUGAUGAGGCCAUCGAGUUAGCUGAGGAGAUGAAACUGUCGGGUUUACUGAGGGAUUGUGUUUCGUAUAACAAGGUACUGGUGUGUUAUGCUGCUAAUAGGCAAUUUUACGAGUGUGGUGAAAUAAUACAUGAAAUGAUAUCUCAGAAGCUCUUGCCAAAUGAUGGAACUUUUAAAGUGUUAUUCACUAUAUUGAAGAAGGGAGGUUUUCCUAUUGAAGCAGCAGAACAGUUAGAGUCAUCUUACCAGGAGGGGAAACCUUAUGCUCGACAAGCAACCUUCACUGCUUUGUACUCCUUAGUUGGUAUGCAUACUUUGGCACUUGAAUCUGCCCAAACAUUCAUAGAAUCUGAGGUUGAUCUUGACUCUUACGCCUAUAAUGUGGCAAUCUAUGCAUAUGGUUCAGCUGGUGAUAUUGGUAAGGCCUUGAAUUUAUAUAUGAAAAUGAGGGAUAAGCAUAUGGAACCUGACCUUGUAACUCAUAUAAAUCUGGUUAUUUGUUAUGGAAAAGCUGGCAUGGUUGAAGGUGUGAAACGGGUAUAUAGCCAAUUAGAUUAUGGAGAGAUUGAGCCGAAUGAGUCUUUGUACAAGGCUAUGAUAGAUGCCUAUAAAACUUGCAAUAGGAAGGACCUCUCUGAGUUAGUUAGCCAAGAAAUGAAAUCCACAUUCAACUCAGAAGAAUAUUCUGAAACUGAAGAUGUCACUGGAAGUGAAGCUGAGUAUGAAAUCGGCAGUGAAGCUGAAUAUGACUAUGAUUCUGAUGAAGCUUAUUCAGGUAAUAUAAGCAUUUGAUGGAACUCAAAUAUCAAACUUGGAAGAACUACAUGGAGUAAAAGGUUGUUGGAUUGUGUAUAAAACAUUUGAUAACUUGAUGUUUGAACUUGUGGCUUGAGUUUAUGUCAGCCAAUGAUACACCAGAAAGGGAUCCAACAGCCUGGUCCUGGAGUUUGGAUGAGGAAACUUGGAAAUGUGUGAAGAGUUUCAUAAGGAUGGGACAACCAACAUAACAUGCAUUGACCUUUCAACGGUUGCAGCGUACAACAUGCACAAACAGUUACUUUCCCCGGAUGAAAAGUAACUUUUGGCCAGGUUUCAAGAAUGGACUUUUAGUCUUGUCUCCUUAAUAGCUCUUGCUGUGAUUACGAUACCUGUGGUGCAAUUGGUGACCUUCGAACUGUGGCUUCCAUAUGAGAAGGUUCUUCUUAUCUAGUCAACUGACACUAGCUGAGAAAAGGUUACUAAAGGCACAUGCUUGAGCCACAGACACGGGUGAGCAAUCAUUUGAAGGUUGAUAAACUGAGCGUAUCAGAGGUUUGAGCUCUGAUGACAUAGAAGAAACAGUAAUUGAAGGAAAGGGAGAAUGAGAGAAAGCUUCGGGGAUAUUCCACAGGAGGUUAGCCUCAACCGAAUCUGUUAGAGAAUUCAGUUGAGCUGUUAUAACUGACUAAAUUAUUGGAGCUGAACUAAACUAUAUCUAAUUAAGAACAUCAUACAUGCGAAGUCCAAGCAUACUCCAAAAAUAUUAGAGGAGAAUUAUUUCUCAUGAAGCAUGAGACCAAGGAAUUAUUGGACGUUUCUGAAUACUUUCUAAGAAGGCCAGGAGAAAAUUAUGAGGAAUGAUAAUGGAUGCUUUCAUUCUUUCUUGAAGUGAUAUGCUACAUUGCUACUGGUUUUCGCAGCAUUCUCACCUAAGAAAUUGUGUGAGUAAGUCUGUUUAUUGUGAAAAUUUUCAGAUUAUCAUAUGUUAAGAUUGUCUGAACUGUAAAAUUAUUUUUUGAGUUUUAAUCUAGAAAUUGUAUAUUUUUCUCUGUUGUUUUAUUAAUGUGAGUCAUUGUUGCCCCACACUGGUUUCAUGAGUUUGAUGCAUUAUCUAAAUCCUGUGUUUAUACUAUAAGAAUCCGUGGUGUUGUUUCCUUUGCUCUUUGAUGUUCAAUCUAGCCACCUAGGGUACUGAUUUUGGGGGUUGUUGUGUAAUAUCAAUAGUAGUAAUAAUAUUUUUCUGCCUAAGCAUUUUUGUUCUGU